UACUGCAGUCCCACGAGAAGGGGAGGGGCCUUUUCUUCCGCCCGCCCUUUUUUGCCAUAUAUGGUCAGUCUGGCGGUUCGGCGAGCUGCUACAUCCACCCGGCGAAAAGUGGACACGAGACGUCGGUGUGCUCCUGAAACCAGUGAUUCCAUAUCAAGCCACGCACAACCAUGCCGUCUGAUUUAGCCAAGAAGAAGGCAGCGAAGAAGAAGGAGGCUGCUAAAGCUCGUCAGCGUACCAAGAAACCUGAAGAUGGAACUGAAGAUGGCGAACAACCAGAGAUUAAUGGAGCAGAGAGCAAUGGUGUUGCCAGUUUGACGAAGGAGCUGGAUGAAUUUGAGCUGGCGAAGACCGAGGCACGGGCAGUGACCGGCGUGUUGGCCUCACACCCCAACAGCACUGAUGUUCACAUCAGCAGCCUGUCGCUCACCUUCCACGGCCAAGAGCUUCUAGCAGACACCAGUCUUGAGCUCAACUCUGGCAGACGUUACGGGCUCAUCGGCCUGAACGGCACAGGAAAAUCCAUGCUGCUGUCAGCCAUCGGGCAUCGUGAAAUUCCCAUCCCGGAGCACAUCGACAUUUACCACUUGACCCGGGAGAUGAGCCCCAGUGAGAAAUCCGCUCUGCAGUGCGUCAUGGAGGUGGACGAGCAGAGGAUAAUGCUGGAGAAGGAGGCUGAGAGACUUGCCGCUGAGGACUCUGAGUGUGAGAAGCUCAUGGAACUGUACGAGCGUCUGGAGGAGCUGGAUGCAGACAAGGCUGAGGUGCGAGCCUCUCGGAUCCUCCAUGGUUUGGGUUUCACCGCUGCCAUGCAGCAAAAGAAAAUGAAGGACUUCAGUGGAGGAUGGAGGAUGCGUGUGGCUCUGGCCAGAGCUCUGUUCAUCAAACCCUUCAUGCUGUUGCUGGAUGAGCCCACUAACCACUUGGAUCUGGACGCCUGUGUGUGGUUGGAGGAGGAGCUGAAAUCGUUCAAGCGAAUCCUCGUGCUCAUCUCCCACUCCCAAGAUUUCCUGAACGGUGUAUGCACCAACAUCAUCCACCUGCAUCAGAGAAAGCUGAAGUACUACACGGGUAACUAUGACCAGUAUGUGAAGACCAGAGAGGAGCUGGAAGAGAACCAGAUGAAGCGCUUCAACUGGGAACAGGACCAGAUAACACACAUGAAGAACUACAUUGCCAGGUUUGGUCACGGCUCCGCAAAGCUGGCCCGACAGGCCCAGAGCAAAGAGAAGACACUGCAGAAGAUGGUGGCAUCAGGCUUGACUGAAAAAGUUGUGAAUGACAAGACUCUGUCAUUUAGUUUUCCUCCCUGUGGGAAGAUUCCUCCUCCUGUUAUCAUGGUUCAGAAUGUGAGCUUCAAGUACAGCGACAACACACCGAACAUUUACAAUAACCUGGAGUUUGGUAUUGACUUGGACACACGAGUUGCACUGGUGGGGCCCAACGGAGCAGGGAAGUCCACGCUGCUGAAGCUGCUAAUGGGAGAGCUCCUUCCCACUGACGGCAUGAUACGCAAACAUUCUCACGUCAAGAUUGGCAGAUAUCACCAGCAUCUGACAGAGCAGUUGGAGCUGGACCUGUCUCCUCUGGAGUACAUGAUGAAGUGUUUCCCUGAGAUCAAAGAAAAAGAGGAGAUGAGGAAGAUCAUCGGUCGCUACGGGCUGACAGGAAAACAGCAGGUGAGUCCAAUCAGGAACUUGUCAGAUGGUCAGAAGUGCCGGGUGUGUUUUGCCUGGCUGGCCUCGCAGAACCCUCACAUGCUGUUCCUUGACGAGCCCACCAAUCACUUGGACAUCGAGACCAUCGACGCGUUGGGAGACGCUGUCAACGAGUUUGAUGGUGGCAUGAUGCUGGUUAGCCACGACUUCAGGCUAAUUCAACAGGUGGCUCAGGAGAUCUGGGUGUGUGAGAAUCAAACCAUCACAAAGUGGAACAGGGACAUCCUGGCAUACAAGGAGCACUUGAAAAAGAAGAUUGAAAAGCAAGCGCAUGACAUCUAAAUAAACAUGAUCAUACUCUGAGCCACUCCUUUAUCUCGCAUCAUGGAUUUCGACCUGCAGGCUCUGAGAGGACGAGCAGGAUUUGCUUUGCAGGAAAUUGUGGCAGUGGAACUGAAACAAUCUCUUAUGCAUCUUAUUGGACACGUCUCUUGUACAUGUUGUACUGUAUUUCCAUCUCGGUUUGACAGUGCUGCACCGUGCUGUACCCAACCCAACCUAGCCCCUCCCUCUUUUCUUUCACCUCAGGCUGCACUCUGAUUGGCUGAUUCACCUGCAGCAUCUCAGUGCAUUUUGGAAUGCAUUCCAUAGUGCUGUCUUCACAGAAAAGUUUUAUUUUUCCAAAUGUUCAGUUUUAUCCCCUCAUGUAUGCAGCAGCUUUUAGGUCAUAUUUUAUGAUAUUUAAAAGUUGACUUUCUGUGUAAAAGAGCAGUUCUGCCUUAUUUAACAAUGUAAUGCAAUAAAGGUUUGUCUGAAUAAACAGAAUAAAAAAAACAGCAACAUUA